UUAUUUCUGGACUUAAAAGCGUUUUGGUUCGCUGGAAUUCGACGGAGGAGAAACGUCGGUGUUUACACGCGGAUGGCGAGCGUUUUGGCCCCUUCCGCCACUGUCCGGCCCAUCGCCGGCGGUUACGCGUCGCCGCUUCCGUCCCGGCUGACGCCCACCAAAGUCCACUAUAACCCUCAGCCCUUGCGAUCUAUGAAGAAGAGCAAGAAGAACGCUGCCGCCUCACAAUCUUCCCGCCUUCCCCUCCUCCCCACCGUCAUCACGCCCAAUCUCAGGCUUCGUCCCCAAGCGCAAGGCCCCGAUUACUCGUCCCCGUCCCCCUCGGAUGAUGCGACAGAGGACGCCUUUUCUUGGUCUUCCGUCGUUAUACCGUUCUUGUUCCCUGCUUUGGGUGGUCUUCUCUUCGGUUAUGACAUUGGUGCCACGUCCGGAGCUUCCAUCUCUCUCCAAUCUCCUGAGCUCAGUGGUACCACCUGGUUCAACCUCUCAGCUGUGCAACUCGGGCUUGUGGUGAGUGGUUCACUUUAUGGAGCUCUUGCGGGAUCCCUCAUUGCAUACCCCACUUCUGAUUUUCUUGGAAGAAGAAGAGAAUUGAUCACAGCUUCUGUGCUAUAUCUUGUUGGUGGAUUGGUCACGGGAUGUGCUCCCGAUCUUGUUGUUCUUAUUAUUGGUCGACUUAUUUAUGGCAUUGGUAUAGGUAUGGCCAUGCAUGGUGCUCCUCUUUAUAUUGCAGAGACAUCCCCAUCGCAAAUACGUGGAACAUUGAUAUCUCUCAAGGAGCUUUUUAUUGUUCUUGGGAUAUUGUUGGGGUAUCUUGUGGGAAGUGUUGAGAUUACUGCCGUCGGAGGGUGGCGGUACAUGUAUGGUUUGAGUGCUCCAAUUGCACUUGCAAUGGCUAUGGGCAUGUGGACUCUGCCACCAUCUCCAAGAUGGUUACUUCUCAGGGCAGUUCAAGGGAAGGGAGCUUUAGAGGAUUAUAAAGAAAAGGCUAUGAAUGCCUUGGCCAAGCUUCGUGGUCGUCCAGCUGGUGAUAAAAUAUCCGAGAGACAAAUAGAUGAAACUCUGGUUUCACUGAAGGCUGCAUAUGCCGAGGAGGAAUCUGAAGGCAGUUUAUUGGAGGUAUUUCAAGGAGCAAGUUUGAAGGCUUUUAUAAUUGGAGGAGGAUUGGUCCUAUUCCAGCAGAUAACUGGGCAACCAAGUGUUUUGUACUAUGCUACUUCAAUCCUUCAGAGUGCUGGAUUUUCAGCUGCAUCUGAUGCUGCUAGAGUUUCUGUUGUGAUUGGGCUAUUUAAGCUGCUGAUGACUGGGAUAGCUGUUUUGAAAGUUGACAACCUUGGGAGACGGCCGUUGUUGAUAGGAGGUGUUGGUGGAAUUGUGCUCUCUUUGUUCCUUCUUGCAGCAUAUUACAAUGUUCUUGGAAGCCUUCCCCUGGUGGCAGUAGGUGCUUUGCUUCUGUACGUUGGCUCAUACCAGGUAUCGUUCGGUCCAAUUAGUUGGCUGAUGGUGUCAGAAAUAUUUCCACUCCGUACAAGAGGACGCGGAAUCAGUCUUGCAGUUCUUACUAACUUCGGAUCAAAUGCACUAGUCACAUUUGCUUUUUCACCCCUGAAGGAGCUUCUUGGACCAGCUAAUAUUUUUCUUCUCUUCGGGGCCAUUGCAUUGCUGUCGCUUGCUUUCGUCUUCUUCUAUGUUCCGGAGACAAAAGGCUUGAGUUUGGAGGAAAUCGAAGCCAAGAUCUUGAAUUGAAGGCCUCCAUCAUCUUGCUUUCCAUCCAAACAUGACAGUAAAUACUGUUUUUGUUGCUUAUGUGCCUCAUGCUUAAUGUAAUAAGCAAACUAUGGUGGACAAUAGUCUUCUCAAAUGUACAUUCUACAAAUUCUAUCUCACUUUUUUACAUACUAUUUAUUGACGCAGCCACAGCUUUCUUUUUCUGGUCUUUAAUAAGAUUUACUUUUGGUCCAAA